AUGGCGCUUGGUGGUGGCCACAUGGCGACGCGCGGGUGGGCCGGAUCUGGGAUUCCGGUCUGCGUCCUCGUCGUGGCAAUGCUUGCCGUUGCCCUCGGCCAUGAGGCGUGGUCCGGGAUGGGCCGAGUGCCGGUGGUGCUGGCCAGGACGCACGCUGGCAGCGCCCUACUUCAUCUCGCGUCGUCUCCCUGGCCAAUGGUGGUGGUCAUCUUCUUCGUCAGAGAUGGCCAGCCAGAGCCAGAAGUGAUAUGCGAGCCAGAGAUCAGCAUAACCGAAAGGUGCGAGGAGGACGACUGCCUGAUCCUCGCCAGCGACGGGCUGUGGGACGUGAUCUCCAACAAGGUGGCGUGCGACGUGGCACGACAAUGCCUGGAAGAUGGGAGCCCGACGAGAGCUCCAGCAGCCGGGAGCAGCAGCAGUGCACCGGCAGUUUCGCAGGAGGAAGAGCCCCGGUGCUUCCGCGCGGCGGCCGUCCUCGCGAGGCUGGCCCUCGGGAGGGAGAGCUCCGAUAACAUUAGCGUGGUGGUGGUUGAUCUGAAGGUGAGGGGUUAA